AUGCGCUACGAGUCUUGGGAUGUGCUUCUUUUCCCGGAGAAUUCCAAGAUUCCCAUCCAGGAGUUCAAGACACAAUGCUUCGUGACUCCGGAUAGAGAUUCGCCUUUUCUCCAAAAUCCGGGCAUUGUCGGCCCUGCUGCUUACCACAUACCUCAAGGGAACUUGGGCCAGAUACCCGUUCUCACUACGUUCGUCCCAAGUUUGCCUCACAAUGCCUCUUUCCGGGUGUCUAUUCAUAGUUGGGAAAAGCCCCAGCCUAGCCGGUUGAUGGACAAUCUACUACAGCCUGAAGAUCAGCUCAGCUUUGAGGCUCGGGUUUUCGUUGAUGGGGUUUGUGUCUCGGGUACUGCCUUUAGGGACAGAACUAAUUGGCCGCAUAUUAUUGGCUUGAGUAGCCAGGUCGAUAAGAGUGGGAACCCGGAUCACCUUCGUUUUCCGCCUUUUCACCAGGAGAUACUAGAGCAGAGACAUUGGGAUGCAGGUGAUUUUCACGGUAGAAUCCGGGUGGUGAUAUCCGAAGGGUUUUAUCGACCAAGCAGGACUUUGCCCUUUGAGCGAGUCAAGGAUAUUGUUGCGUUCUCUUUCCAGCAUGCCCCUCUACAAGUCCUUGAGUACUCUAACAUCGCCUGGCCUAAUUCUGGAAUGUGGUCUCAAGGACCACGCCUCUUCAAAUACCAGUCGGGAAGCGCAUUUAGCGAGCCCAAAGAACUAGAUGAAGCUCAUGCUCAUUCGCCAACCAAACACGAAUCCCGACACAUGCCAACAGGGGCUAGUCAGGUCAGUAACUCGACACUGUACAAUGCUUGGGCAUAUAGAAACUAUCAGCCGGUCAUGAUGAGGCAAAACACCCCAAGAGAACCGAAAUGGUCAACCCAAGAGCCACCCGUGCCUGAUAAUUUCAUUGAUCCAUACAUGCUUGAUCCUGCUAUGCGCCAUCGAGGUGCAAGAUCAUCCUUGGAAGACAUCCCUAUGCCGGAUUAUCUUUCGAGUUCGACCAGCAGUCGUGCCUUUUCUAGCAUGACUGGAAUUAGCUAUCAGCACAGCAAGCAACCUAGUCUCGUUGGUCCACUUGCUGACGAACAGUACAGCCAAUUUCUUGAAGCUCUUAGUCCGCCCAAGAUGCUGCCUAUUGGCACGCAUGCACCCACGAAUACCCCAUCUGCCACGCUCCCCAUGGGAAGGAAGCUCUCCGCUGCUGCAGAAGCUCGCUCGGCAUCCUAUUCCAAAUCCGGAAGCCGAUCUGUGCUCAAGGAGAUUUCGCAGCCAGGUACUAGGGAUGUAUCUGGGUCUAGUGCUAGAUCUAAUAUUCCCCCUGAUCCAGUCGUGGAAACUGCGUCAGCGAGCAAGCUUCAUUCCAGUCCUAGUGGACCCAUCAGGGGCAGAAAGGAAGCCAUGUCUGACAAUAAAGAAAAUGAGGGUGCUAUCGAGACCCCACGCAAGGGAAGUGACAACAAAGUCAACAAUACCCCCACAAGGACAGCUAGACAUACAAGUGGAAGUGUUGAGGUCUCGAGUGAAUCUAAGCGAAAUAGAUCUACUGGCUCCGCUGGUGGAGAAAUCGCACACGUUUCUAAAGAAGGCUUCGUGGCGAUUUCACCCACACAUGCUGAGACAGAUGAUCACAUUCAUCAAGCCGGCUUCGAUGAAUAUCUCAAUUCAAAUCUCCAUGCCAGCGGAGCUCCUAUUGAAAUUGUUGAUAUUGAGUGA